CGCCCUGCAGCCGCCGCCGACAGCAGCGAGCUGGGCGUCACUGGCCUCGUUUCCGAUAUGGAGCAGCUGGAGAAGACCAUUGAGGAGCUGCACGCUAUGCUUGACCGUGUUACCAAAGUCGACAAGCAGUUCGCAGACAUCCUCAUGGUUGCCUACUUGACCAACCUGACUCGCGCCCAGCUCAACAUUGCCGACCGGCUCCAGCGCAUUCUCUAA